AAAAACGACGCCGGUAGAAGUACAACUUACGUGAUGAGUGCCCACGUAACGACGAAAAUGGAAACUGAAACGAGAGCCUAUCUCCUUAUAAUUUACCAUGGAAACCAGCCAUAGUAAUAGCAGCAGCUACAAGAGGAAACACUCUUCUUCUUCUUCUUCACUUCAAUUCCGCUUCUCAUUCCCCCCCUCUCUCUAAACACUGCCGCCAUCAGACAGUAAUUCUACAAUGGCGCAUCAACAUCAUCUAUUCAUAACCCUCUGAUCUUUAUCAUCAUCAUAUCAUUUCGCCCUCUAUGUUUAGCUGGAAACGUCCUUCUGAGCUCCUUCGUUUAACUCUAAAUUAUGGCUCCGAAGAUCUCGGCGACGACCUCAACCGCUCCUCCACCUCCUCCUCUUCCACCACCGCAUUCACUCCUUCCUCGUCUCCUCUGGCCUAUAUUUCUACGGAGGCCGCCGCGGAGGAAGAGGACCAGGUAGGCUUUAAAAUUGAAUUAGAUUGGAAUGCUGGAGAUGAUGAAGACCAGGUGGCGUUGAGGUUACAGUCGCAGUUAAUGGUUGCGUUGCCUGCGCCUCAGGAUUGUGUGAUGGUGGAUUUGAAGGCGGCGGAGGAGGACGAGGAGGGGAGAGUGGAGGUGGGGAUGAAGGUGGAGAAGAAGAGAGAGGAAUUGAGAGGGUUGAUAUUAGGGAAGAGUGGAUCGGGUCAACAGAGUGAUGGAGUUGGUGUUUUGACUCGGUUGUUUAGAUCUGAUGAUAGUCGGCAUUGGAAGAGUGUGACUUUGCUUAGUCUUGGCGGUUGCGGAUUGGCGACAUUGCCUGCUGAGAUAAUUCAGUUGCCAAAUCUUGAGAAGCUUUAUCUUGAGAACAACAGGCUUUCAGUUUUGCCACCUGAGCUUGGUGAGCUGAAGAGUUUGAAAAUUCUUGCAGUUGAUUACAACAUGCUGGUUACAGUUCCUCUGGAACUGGGGCAGUGCGUUGAACUGGUGGAAUUGUCUUUGGAACACAAUAAGCUUGUCCAACCUCUUCUUGAUUUCAGGUCUAUGGCUGAGUUACAAAUUCUCAGGCUAUUUGGUAAUCCUCUGGAAUUCCUUCCUGAAAUUUUGCCUCUACACAAACUACGACACCUGUCUCUUGCUAAUAUGAAGAUUGAGGCUGAUGAAAGUUUGAGAUCAGUGAAUGUUCAGAUAGAGAUGGAGAACAGCUCUUAUUUUGGUGCAUCUAGACACAAGCUUAGUGCCUUCUUUUCUCUCAUAUUCCGUUUUUCUUCUUGCCAUCAUCCUUUGCUGGCAUCUGCGCUGGCAAAGAUAAUGCAAGACCAAGGAAACCGUGUUGUUGUUGGGAAAGAUCUGAAUGCAGUGAAGCAGCUUAUAAGUAUGAUGAGUAGUGACAACUGUCAUGUGGUUAAACAAGCAUGCUCUGCUCUAUCUGCUCUUGCUGGAGAUGUUUCUGUGGCAAUGCAGUUGAUGAAAUGUGACAUAUUGCAACCCAUUGAAACAGUACUCAAAUCGGUUGCUCAGGAAGAAGUAAUUUCUGUCUUGCAAGUUGUGGCCACCUUGUCCUUUUCAUCUGAUACUGUAUCUCAGAAGAUGUUGACAAGGGAUAUGUUGAGAUCAUUAAAACUGUUAUGUGCUCAAAAAAAUCCAGAGGUGCAAAGGUUAUCUUUAUUAGCUGUUGGAAAUUUGGCCUUCUGCUUGGAGAAUCGACAGCUUAUGGUCACCUCUGGAAGUCUGCAAGACCUUCUGUUGCACCUGACAGCUUCAUCUGAACCACGUGUGAAUAAAGCAGCAGCUCGUGCUAUGGCAAUUCUUGGAGAAAAUGAAAAUUUAAGGCGUUCCAUAAGAGGGAGACCAGUGGCAAAGCAAGGACUGCGCAUACUUUCAAUGGAUGGAGGUGGAAUGAAAGGUCUGGCUACUGUGCAGAUUCUUAAAGCAAUUGAGAAGGGAACUGGAAAGCGAAUACAUGAGAUAUUCGACCUAAUAUGUGGCACAUCAACUGGUGGAAUGCUGGCUGUUGCUCUUGGCAUGAAGCUAAUGACCUUGGAUCAAUGUGAAGAAAUAUACAAAAAUCUUGGAAAACUCGUCUUUGCUGAACCUGUGCCAAAGGAUAAUGAAGCUGCAACUUGGAGAGAGAAGUUGGAUCAGCUUUACAAAAGUUCAUCUCAGAGUUUUAGAGUUGUGGUGCAUGGAUAUAAACACAGUGCAGAUCACUUUGAGAGGCUGUUAAAAGAAAUGUGUGCUGAUGAGGAUGGAGAUCUGUUAAUAGAUUCAGCAGUGAAAAAUGUUCCCAAAGUAUUUGUUGUAUCAACUUUGGUUAGUGUGAUGCCAGCUCAACCAUUUGUGUUCCGCAAUUAUCAGUAUCCUGUUGGAACACUUGAAGUGCCCUUUGCAAUUUCAGAAAGUUCAGGAGUUCAUGUGCUUGGAUCACCUACUACUGGAGGUCAAGUUGGCUAUAAACGUAGUGCUUUUAUUGGCAGUUGCAAGCAUCAUGUUUGGCAAGCCAUAAGAGCAUCAUCUGCUGCUCCAUACUAUCUUGAUGAUUUCUCAGACGAUGUAAACCGCUGGCAAGAUGGUGCUAUAGUGGCAAACAACCCUACCAUAUUUGCUAUAAGAGAAGCACAACUUCUAUGGCCUGACACCAGAAUUGACUGCUUAGUGUCAAUAGGGUGUGGCGCUGUUCCAACAAAGGUCCGGAAAGGUGGUUGGCGUUAUCUGGAUACCGGCCAAGUGUUGAUUGAGAGUGCAUGCUCUGUGGAUAGAGUGGAGGAAGCUUUAAGUACACUGCUACCCAUGCUUCCUGAGAUACAAUAUUUUCGAUUUAAUCCAGUUGAUGAACGCUGUGGUAUGGAGCUGGAUGAGACUGACCCAGCUAUCUGGCUAAAGUUGGAAGCUGCAGUUGAUGAAUAUGUUCAGAACAAUUCUGAAGCCUUCAAGAAUGUCUGUGAGAGACUAAUUUUUCCCUACCAACAUGAUGAUAAAUUGUCAGAGAUUAUGAAAUCUCAGCAAUUUUCCAAGGCAAAGUUAUCAAAUGCAGAUGAGACUAGUCCAUCUUUAGGUUGGAGGCGUAAUGUGCUACUUGUUGAAGCUUUGCACAGUCCUGAUUCGGGAAGGGCUGUGCAACAUUCCCGGGCACUAGAGACAUUUUGUUCCCGCAAUGCAAUAAUACUAUCUCUCAUGCAUGCCACAUCUGGAAUUGCUAGGACAGUGCCACCAGGAACAUUCUCAUCCCCUUUUUCAUCACCUCUAAUUACUGGAAGCUUCCCCUCAAGCCCGCUUCUAUUCAGUCCUGAUUUGGGCUCACAGAGGAUUGGCCGUAUUGACACGGUCCCACCUUUAAGCUUGGAUGGAGUUCAGUCUGGAAAGACAGCUUUAUCACCACCAAUGUCCCCUUCGAAACACAGACAGCUCUCUUUACCUGUUCGAUCAUUGCAUGAAAAGCUACAGAAUUCACCACAAGUGGGGAUUAUACAUUUAGCCCUUCAAAAUGACUCAUCAGGCUCAAUAUUAAGCUGGCAGAAUGAUGUAUUUGUUGUUGCUGAACCGGGAGAUCUUGCUGAUAAGUUUCUUCAGAGUGUUAAAUUUAGCUUGUUGUCAAUGAACCGGAGCCGCCAUAGGAGGAUUACUUCACUGGUUGGCAAUAUUUCAACUGUUUCUGAUUUAGUUCAUUGUAAACCAUGCUUCCUAGUUGGAAAUGUCAUCCAUCGUUAUAUAGGACGACAGACGCAAGUCAUGGAGGAUGACCAAGAAAUAGGGGCAUAUAUGUUCCGUAGAACAGUUCCUUCUAUGCACUUGACACCUGAAGAUGUUCGCUGGAUGGUCGGAGCUUGGAGGGACAGGAUUAUAAUUUGCACAGGAGCAUAUGGGCCUAUGCCAACUUUAAUCAAGGCCUUUCUGGAUUCUGGUGCAAAAGCUGUAAUAUGCCCUUCAGUAGAGCCCUUAGAAAUCCCGGUGACACUAGUCCAUGGAUCAGGGGAGUACAAUGUUCUGGAAAAUGGGAGGUUUGAGAUCGGAGAGGAAGAGGCUGAGGAAGAAGAGGCCGAGCCUACCAGUCCAGUGAGUGAUUGGGAAGAUAGUGACCCCGAGAAGAAUGGUGACCAUUCGAUCGGUUUUUGGGAUGAUGAUGAAGAGGAGCUAUCCCAGUUUGUUUGCAAGUUGUAUGAUUUGUUAUUUCGGGUAGGGGCAAGAGUAGAUGCUGCUCUUCAAAAUGCUCUUGCUUUACACCAGAGGCUAAGGUAUUCGUGCCAUCUUCCUAGUAUACAAUAGUUAGCUAGAUACUGAUACAAGAAAAUGAAAAUCAAACCAAAUAACAAGUUGUGAAAAAAAAACCGGGACAAAGUAAAAAAAAAUAAAAUUACCGGAGAAUAAGAAUAUAGAUGAUUGAAUCUUAAGUACAGAAGUGAGAGGGAAUAUCCAAUUUUGAGGCCUAUAAAAAAGGGAAAAAAAAAUUUUGUCAGCUAUUCAUUGCAUGAACACAAGUAAAUAGCAUACGAUACCAUUUUUUCAGUGGCAAACAUGUAAAUUUGUCAUUUGUACUGAACUUUUACUCUCUCUAUCCAACCUAUUUCAGCCUUCUAAGGCCCAAAUUUUGUGUUACAUGGGCAGUUACUUUAGUUGUUGCUUGGAUGAUUGCUCUAUUAAUGUACAGUCCUUUUUAGACUUUAA